GACCGUAUGACGAAUUUUGAAUUGAAGCCUAUUUCUCAUCGUUUUCCCCUCUUUUACCCAAAUACCAGAUUUUGAACUCUAGAACUAAUUUGCAUCCAUUUAAAGCCUGCUGGAAGAGUUUGCAGCCAUUAACCUUACUAUUUUACCAUUCCAUAUAAAAACCCCCAAAUCGACCAAUUAAAACAUUGAAUUGCAGGUUUUAGGGCUGCUCUGUUCUACAAACUACUAUCGCUGACGACGACGACGGCGACCACCGAUAAUGAUAUUCUAUGAGUGAACCCAUGCUUCUUCAAAGUUUUUCUCACAUCAAUGUCCAUGUUGCUGUGUCUGCGAGUGAAACCCAUCUUUAUGAGGUUUCUUCUAGCGUGUUUGAAGAAGAGGGUUGCAUACUUGCAUGGAAGGGAAGGGGGCAGAGACAAGGGAGGGAGGAAAAGGUGGAGUUUGUGAGUGAAACCCAUCUUCAUGAGGGUUUUUUAAUCCUCUGUCUGGAUCCCAAUUUCCAAUCUCUUCUCCGUAACUAACACGCUACAGUCUGCUAAACCUAUAACUCAAUGUCUUUUUCUUCCCCUGUUUAUGAGCCAAUCUCCCAAAUCCAACUUUUGAAGUUAACAAAACCCCCCGCCCCAAUUUCAACAAAAACCCAUUUGAUUUCCACCCCGAACAGAGACAACACCUUACCCACCAUGUCAAUCUUCAACUCCAAACCUUGGGCCCCCUUUUCAGAAUCACAGCUAUCAGUUUGGAGAACAAGAGAGAGUUUCGACGGGCAGAAGGGCUUGUGAAUUUCUGGUUGGGAGAGAAGAUUCUUCACUUGGACUCAAUUAGAUUAUGCAAAGAAACGCUGAGCACGGAGAGGUCAAUCUUCGGUAUUGGGUUGUUUAUCGGAGCCGUGGCUAUUCGGUAUGGGUAUGAUUGUAGUUGCAAAGUUGCAGAACUUCUCGCCAUUAAUGUCUCGGACCUUUACCAUUCCAAGGUUCAUGAUUUCUUUCCUCUUGAAAUUCUCGUCCACGUUCCCUAUGUCCACCACUCCACAUCGUCGUCGGAGCUUUCGCCUAUGGUAGGUUGCAAUCCUUUGGUGAACUUCAUCUUUUGAGGAGGAGAUUGAUCGAAGGAGUCCCGAGAAUGUUUGGUCGCCUGAAUCAGAGGAGAAGCCCCUAAAUCGAACUAAAAAUUCAAUUUGAAAGAUUUCCAGCCCCGAAACCCUACUGGAUCGAUUACGAACUGUAAACUGAAACCAGCGCUUGUUCUUCUUCUUUUAUCGCCAAGGUCAACAUACUGCAUGUUUGCUUCUCCAAAGAAAUUGUGAUAGGCAGUGUACCAAGCUGAAAUUUUAGUGGUCCAUUUUUUAAACAUGGGACCUGUUAAACUAGAACUCUGGUGUCCUAAAAACAUCAAUGGAGUAGCAGUAGAUCCGCAGCCAGAUUGGAGCCUGUAUUCACUUGCUUCAGAACUGAAUUCCUUGCAACUCAAUGCCUCUUUCUUGCACCAUAUGCCUUUUGCUAAAUCAAGAAUCCUUGACUUAUAAUUUUGAAGAUGAGUCCGCUGUUGAAGAAACUCAAAUACACUUGAUAGAUAAAGUUGGUUUACUUGAAGGUCCUUUGUUUGAACUUGACCGUGAGCAUGCAGUUGGUGUAAAGGUGGAAAUUAGGAACACAAUUUCUUCAUUACAGGCUGAUUUGGAGAGUGACGAAGAAAGGUCUAUUGCUGCUGCACUCAUUCAAAUUGAGAAGUUCAAAGAAGCAAGGAGAGAGAUGGACAGAAAACUAAUGGCCAACGAAAAAGAGAGACUUUUGGUUAGGUGGUCGUGGGCUUUGAUGAAGAGAUCCCAAAUAGAAGAACAGAGAAUAAGAAAUGACGUAGAGCUUGAAGAGGCCAAAAAGAGGGAAAGAGCUCUUCAAGAAGAAAGGGUGCUCCAAGAAAGAGUGAAAGCUGAAGCAGAGGCUGCAAAAAAGAGAGCUGUAGAAGUACAGAAAGCAGAAUUGGAAGCUCAGAGAAGAGCAACCAAGGAAGCUGCAGAAAGGGAAGCUACUGAAACUAGGAAAGUGCUUGCUGAUCAAGUUGUGCAAAAAGAAGAUACUGAUCUCAGGAUAGAUGCAAAUGGAGAAACAUUACAAGAACUAAAGAAUAAAGGUAAUGUAGUUAAAGGUGCAGAAAGUGCACUGAAAGCAGAGGCAGCAAGGCUACAGAAGUACAAAGAAUUAGAUGAAAAGAAUCAGGCAUUGAGAUUGACUUCCAAUAUGGAUUAUCAUAGCUAUGAGCUGCAGAUUGGUAGGCAAAUAAGACAAAUAAUAGGGUCUGAAGAGAAUGUUAGAAUAAGGGUGGAUGAACUGAUAAAACUUUUCAGUGAUCCUCGUUGCCCUCAGUCUGUUAGUGUUGGGGUGUUUGCAAAGAAGGUUGUCUCUCAUAGUGGAAAAUUGGUUGAAGUUGCUGAUACUGCUUUUGCUCGUGGCCGUGUCAUUGCUCUAGUGACUAAACAUGUCCCAUUUGUAAUGGAUAUUGUUCUUGCCGAGUUCCAUAGAGCUUGCAUCUACACUGUUCCGUAUCAUGUACAUUACUCUGAGUUGGCAUUCAGACGUAAAGAAGAAGGUGGGAAGAUUGAAAGUGCAAAGCAAUAUUUGGAAGGGAUUGAAUGUUAUAUGAAACUCUAUGGUGCACUACUUCAGACCGAAGUUGAUGGUGCUCAAAACAUGCUCAAAGAGGGAUGGGCAUGGUUUGCAAGGUUCUUGAAUGUGCUUCCUUCUAACAAAUACACUGCAGUUGCUCUCUAUAGAUUUCUACUGAUGGCAGGUUUUGCUCCAUACAAGAAAUAUGGAUAUCAAUUUCAAAAGAUCCUAAAUGUCAUACAUGGACAAUUUUUGGAUGCACUAAAAUCAAGCAGAGAUCCAAUGGUACCAGUGAUUCGGAAAAUUAGAACUUAUAUAGAAACAAAGCAAUUCCUCCAAGAACCAAAAGGAUGGCGCCUGCAGAUUUCUUUACUUUCAGACAUAGUUCGCUAGUGUGAUUAGGUUUCCAUCAAGAACAAUAUUACCAUUAUACAAAUAGAUAAAAGGAGAUUGAUUAGCCCUCGUCAUUGCCUAAAUGGUCUGUUAGCGGAAUGGAAAACCUGGUGCCCUUCGAAAAUUGCAGUGUCAGCUUGCUAUUGCUCUGUGGGGCGAUCCAAUUUGGAUUUUCCAGAAGUCCUUGGGUUGUUUUAAAGAGAUUGAUGUACCUAGUUACAGCUUGGUAGCAUAUAGUGUAUAACCUCUAACAGUAGAGACUACAUCUAACAUCAGAGGAUUUACAGCAUUUUAGCCAGAAAAGUGCACCGUGGGUUGGUAUUGUAUAUUGUCUUCAGCCAUUGAUUCUGUCAAGAAACAACUCAAUCUGAUUGAAAUUCUCUCUCUAUUUCUCCUUAA